AUGGACUCGGACGAAGAAGGUUUAAUUGCGCUACUUUUGAUAAAAAGACGUCGUCGUAGAAGACGAAACCGUAGUUAUUGGAUACAUCCAAUUUUAACGAAUGUACACAAAUGCAACGAACAUUUCGAUAAUCUUCUAAAACCAUCCAAAAAAGUUUUUCAAACAUUUUCGUUUAAGUAUAGGUACGUUUUGGGAACUACAUGCUCUAUUAUAUGCUGGAUUAAAGCACCACGACACCAACAUGCGGAAAAGCAUCGCACCUGCGGAAAGACUAGCUAUCACAUUAAGGUAUCUAGGAACUGGAUGCUCGUUUGA